UCGCUGCACGUCUCACCAUUUUUACACCCCCUAUCUCAUCCUCUAUAUAUACACGCACUCAAACCACCGCACCAUCAACAAAACGGCGAAAUUUUAGAUUCUCCUCUCCAAUCCCUCAAAAAGCUAUUUUUAUAUACGCUCCAUCUUCUCCCAUGCCUCAUCCGUCCAAACGCCGGAUACUUACACUCCCCGCGGUUCAUCCGUGCGAAGCUGUAUCCCCGGCGACUCUCCUCAAUUCCCUUAUUCCUCUCGCACGCGAGAUCGUCGCACGGCGAUCCCACUCCUUCCCAAUCCACCGUCGGAGCAUUCGAGAGGCGAUCCGCCAAACCGGCCUGCUCCUCGAACUCUUAGAUGAUGUUCGAGACCGCGGAUCGGCCCUUCCAGAUUCUGCGGUCCUCAGCUUGUCUGAGCUCCACGUCGCGCUCCAGAAGAUCCGGCACCUGAUCAACGAUUGCUCGCGGCGGGGCGCCCGGCUUUUGGUCUUGAUGCGGUCCGAAUUCGUCUCAUCGGAUCUCCGCGUCCUCGUCCGGUCGAUUGCAACCGCGAUCGACGUGCUCCCGCUGGACAACGUCAAUGCGGCGGUGGAGGUGAAGGAUUUGGUGCGGCUCCUAUCGAAGCAAGCAUGGAAUGUGGUGAUCGCGACCGAUCCGGAGGACGAUCGGGCGGCGAAGAGAAUCCGCUCGGUGAUGGAUCAGCUUAAGAACGGCGUCGCACCCGCGGCGAGCGUUCUCGAGCGCGUGUUGAACCAUUUGCAGGUGAGAAGCUGGUCCGACUGCGACGAAGAAAUCGCUUUCUUGGAAGAAGAGAUUUUUACAUACUUCGAAAACGAAGAAGACGGCGAAGUUGCGCUUCUCGGCAGCCUGAUGCCGUCAACGGCAAAAGGAGACACAAAAAGGAGCGCGCAUUGCACAGCGAGCAGUGUCUCCGACUGGCUGAAGCAAGAAGCUCUGCAAUGCCCGAUCUCUCUCGAUCUCAUGACCGAUCCCGUGACGAUCGCCACGGGACAGACCUACGAUCGGUCAUCGAUCAAGCGGUGGAUAAAAUCCGGCCGCCUCACUUGCCCUGUAACAGGCGAGAAGCUAACAAACACUGAUUUGGUCCCCAAUUUCGCAAUUCGAAAGCUCGUCGACGAGUUUUGUCGCGAUAAUAGAAUCCCGAUAGCAAAGCCGAACACCAAGCACCGUCAGAGCGUGGAAAAGACGGCCUCGCCCUUCGGCCCAGCUGCGGCCGGAGCAAUCAAAAUGGCCGUCGCUUUCCUAAUCGACAAUCUCGAGAAAGGAACCGUGGAAGAGAAGAAGAAGGCCACUUUCGAGAUCCGAUCCGAAGGGUGGUCUCGAAGUUUAACAUCUUCAAUAGAGCUUUGCUUGGUGGAAGCCGACGCUGUGCCGUGGCUACUCUGCCUCCUCUCGUCGCCGGAUCCUUCCACGCAAGAAAAUGCGGUCGCCGCUCUCUUGAAUCUCUCAAAGCACCCGAACGGUCGUAGGGCGAUCUUCGAAUCUGGCGGCGUCUGCUCGAUCACAGAUGUGAUCAAGACGGGGGCUCACGAUCGAAGCACAGCAGAACGCAGCGGCGAUCCUCUUCUACCUCUCUUCGGUCGAAGAGUACCGAAUAGAGAUCGAAGUGAUCCCCGAAGCGAUCCCGACUUUAGUAGAGCUCCUAACUCGUAAGAGAAGGCAGUUGUUACAGGGGAAAGAAGAACGCAAUCGCCGGCCUCUUCGGGCUUGUCCAAUACCCCGGAAACCACUCAAAGCUCAUCGCGGCAGGGGCUAUUCCGGUUUUCACUAGCCUUCUUUCAAGUGAUAGAGAGGAUCUCGUCGACGAUUCAAUUGCAGCCCUUGAAAAGAUAGCAGAGAGCCGCGAAGGGGCGGCCGCGAUCUUGAUGCGUUCGUCUGUUCCUUGUCUCGUGGAGGUUCUCAACUCAUUGACCUCUCGGUCGGGAAAGGAGCACUGCGUGUCCCUUUUACUCGCUCUAUGUGUUAACGGCGCCGAUAAGGUUGUUAGCCUGCUAGAGAAGAUGCCCGCGCUCGUGUCUUCGUUGUAUUCGCUCGUAACGGAGGGCUCUCCUCAGGCCGGAAAGAAGGCGCGGUCGCUCCUCAAUCACAUUCAUCGGCAUCAAGAGCAGAGUAACCCUCCUCUACUGAGACCGCCGAUCGGCGAUCACGUCAUUCAUGCACACUAAGCUAAAUAACAGCCUCCGCAGUAUUGCUAAAGCCUUUUUUCUUUUUCUUUUUUUUUUGUUAUAAAGUGUUUCUGAUCUCUGCUCGCUUUUUACAAGAGCUGAGAUCAGGAUUAGCGUUUAUAUAUAUACAUACAUAUGUAAAUAGGAUGAUGCAAUUGUUAUGUUGUUAUAUGUUGGCGUGCGUACUUGAGUGUAAAUCCAUCCUUGCGGCAUUUGUUGGUCUCAAUCAAUAAAAGGUUCUGUUGAAGUGUGA